CACUGUGCACAUCAACUUGGAACGUCGGUCCGUCCCCGAACAACGGCCCCCGUACACAUUCACUUUUUCUCAUACCAUUAGGUGUCACUCUCCCCCGAAUUCUCGGCACACACUCACCACUCGAUCCUCACCUGGUACUGAGAGUUGAUACAGUUUAUGCAUGGUCUACUUGUCACAUCUGACUGACUGAGGGAGAGAGUAAGCCAUGACCAAAAGGCGUAGAUCAGCGGCGUCUACUGAUGCCAAGGAUACAGAGGAGGAACCCUCGCAUUCAGUCCCCCUUUCCAUAAAGAGACGCAAGAAGUCUGUUCACUCACAAGACUCAGCUGGGAUUAUCCAGGAGCUGUAUGAUACCAUCAGGAACUAUAAAACUGAAGAUGGAAGACUGCUAUGUGAAGCUCUGAUCAGGGUACCAAAGCGAAGAGGAGCACCUGAAUAUUAUGAUGUGGUAACUAGUCCCAUUGACCUGCUGAAGAUCCAGCAACGACUCAAGAUGGAAGAAUAUGACACUGUAGAUCAAAUGGCAACAGAUGUAGAGCUUAUGAUCAAUAAUGCACUGGCAUAUUAUAAGAAAACCUCUCAAGAAUACAGGGAUGCAUGUGAUCUUUGGCGUCUCUUCUGUGCAACCAAACACCAAUAUCUUGAGGAUGAGUCUCCAGAUGAUGUAAAAUUGGAGGAGAUAGAAGACAAACUUGAGGAUUUGGGAGAGGUUGUCAACGAGGAGUUUGGAAACCUAAAUGAAGAAGAAGGGGAAGAAGGCAGUGAGUUUGUUAUGGAGAACCCAUCCGAUCCAAUUGAAAAACUUUUUACUGCUGUCAUGGCCCAUCAAGAUGACACUGGAAGAAACAUCAGUCUUAUAUUUCGCAAACUACCUCCAAGAUCGCAAAUCCCGGACUAUUAUGACAUCAUCAAUAACCCUAUUGACCUGAAAGUUAUAGCUAAGAAUAUACAGUGUGGUAGAUACUCCAGCAUCCUUGACCUUGAGAAAGACUUGAUGUUAAUGGUAAAGAAUGCCAAGACAUUCAAUGAACCUGGAUCCCAAGUCUAUAAAGAUGCCAUGGCACUCAAGAAACAUAUUGCUAGUACUAAACAGGAGAUAGAGAAAGCAAUGAAGACAGGAGAGACAUCCAGGUCUUUCAAAGCCAUCACAGAUCAGAGAGUGUCGGCCAUUAAAGUUGCAGCGAGCCUUCCAUCAGAUGAAGAUGAUAACAGUGAAGCAACAGAUUCCAUGCAGUAUGAAGAAAAUGAUGAUGAGUCGGGAGCCGAGGGGUUCCAAGCUAACUCAAGUGAUGCUAAGCACGUACUGUUUGACACUAUAUUGAAUGUGAAAAACUCCUUAAGUCAGUUGAUUUCUGAGCCAUUUAUGAGGUUGCCCAUCAGACGGCUGUAUCCGGAUUACUAUGAAGACAUCAAACAGCCAAUGGCACUAUGUAAGAUAAGGAAUAAACUCAAGAUGGACAAGUAUGAGUCUCUUGAGGACCUGUCCCAUGACUUGGAUCUUACCUUCAACAAUGCAAAACAAUAUAACAUUUCAACCUCUCGACUCUACAAAGAUGCUGAUAGACUGCAAAAGCUUAUGCAUGUGAAGUUGAAAGAAUUAGACAAAAUGGAAGCAAAGAAGGAAAUUGAUAGUGAUGAGGAGAGUGAUCGAGGAGGUAAUAAACGGCGUAGAAGCAGUAUCAAGAAAACACGGGAGAGUGAUGUAGAUCUCAAAACAAGGAUGCAAGUAUUGUGUGAUACUCUAGUGGACUGUCAGGAUAAGAAUGGACGAUACCCAAUUGCAUUGUUUAUGGAAAAACCAUCCAAGAAACUGUAUCCUGACUACUACCAAGUUAUCAAUGAACCUAUUGACAUGAAGACAAUUGAGAUCAAUGUUAGGUCAGAUAAGUACAUGACUGAGGAAGCAAUGUUAAAGGAUUACGACUUGCUGUUCAAUAAUGCCAGGCAGUAUAAUGAAGAAGGCUCCAUGGUAUAUGAAGAUGCCAACCUACUAGAGAAACUACUUAAAGAUAAAUGCAGAGACUUGGGUAUUCAAACAUCAGAUGUGACUAAAGCCAGCAUUAAGAUCAAGACAACACCAGUGGACCCCACCAAAAAGAUAGCUUCCAAGAGACCCAAAUCAAUGAGUGGGUUAACACUGCUAGAACAGAAACUAAAUGAUUUGUAUGGGCACAUAUUGGAAUAUACAGACACUAAUGGAAGAGAGCUUGCUGCACCAUUCAUCAGACUACCAACCAAAAAUGAAUACCCUGAGUACUACCAAGUGAUUAAAAAGCCAAUUGACAUGCAGAAGAUUCAGCAGAGACUAACAGGCAAGCAGUAUGAGCAACUAGAUGACAUGGCCAAUGAUUUCCUGCUCAUGUUUGAUAAUGCCUGCAAGUUCAAUGAACCAGACUCACUUAUUUAUAAGGAUGCCCUCACUCUUCAACGUGUCCUACUUCAAACCAAAUCUGAACUGAUGGGUGAUGAGACCUCUGGCAUGCCAGAUAUUCAGAGCACAGUCCGAGAGAUUUUAACUAAUCUCUUUGUGUCCUUGGCUAAUCAUCAAGACGAAGAGGGCCGUUGUUUCAAUGAUUCAUUGUCAGAGGUUCCACCAGAUAAGGAUGAGCUAAGUGAAGACUCUGAAGGGCAGAUUCCUGUGCGACAAAAAAAACCUCAGGACUUGGAUACUUUGAGGAGGUAUUUAGACAAAGGUUGUUACAGAAGGUUGGAUUGCUUCCAGGAUCAUAUCUUUGGUGUCCUAGAGAGAGCUCGUAGUUUGAGUAGAACUGACUCACAGGUAUAUGAAGAUGCAGUUGAGAUGCAGAGAUUCUUUAUUGCUAUUCGUGAUGAAAUCUGUAAGAAUGGAGAGAUUCUUCUGUCUCCUGCACUCAGCUACACCCAUAGACACAUGCAGAAUGACAUUGACAAGCAGAAGAAAGUCAAGCUUCCAAAAGAGCUGAAGGAAGAUGCUGAGAAGAAAGAGGAAGAAGCUAAACAGCAGCAUGAUGUUACAGAUUCUAAAGAAGAUAUGACCGUUAAUCAGGAGGCCAGUGAUGGCUUAGUGGUGAAUGGACAGACAUACCGUGUUGGUGACUUUGUCUAUGUGGAACCCAGUGAGAAGAACUUGAAGCUACAUAUAGUGUGCAUUGAGAAGCUAUGGAAGGAUCCAGACGGUGAAUGUUGGCUCCAUGGCAACUGGUUCCUCAGACCAAAUGAAACUUUUCAUUUAGCUACUCGCAAAUUUUUGGAAAAGGAAGUCUUUAAAAGUGACUAUUACAAUAAAGUAAAGAUAACCCAGCAUGUUGCAGGGAAAUGUCAUGUAAUGUUUGUAAGAGAUUUCUUCAAGAGUAAACCAGAAGGCUUCAACGAGGACGAUGUGUAUACUUGUGAGUCUCGAUAUUCUGCAAAGGCCAAAGCAUUUAAGAAAAUAAAGAUUUGGGCUCUCCCUUCUAGUAAUGUUAAGAUAGUUCCUCGUGAUGAGCCUUUGUCUCGUGUGCGUGUUGCGUCUGUAUUUGCUGGUAGUCAAAAGCUUGAGCCUACAGAUGCUGAUAAGGUUGAUGGAGAGUAUCAACCCUUUGACAAGGAGAGAGAGGAUGUUAUAGUUGAUACAACCAACAGUGACAGUGGUCAAGUAUAUUACGAACAAGUUCAUUUUGAGGGUCAUGUCUACAAGCUAGGGGACAGUGUGUAUCUUCGAUCUGAUCAAGCAAGGCCAUUUAUUGCCAGGAUAGACAAGAUGUGGAAGGAUGCCAACGGUGAUCCUUGGUUCAAUGGUCCUUGGUUUGUGCGUCCAUCCGAGACUAUACAUCCACCAACUCGCUUAUUCUACAAGAAUGAGGUUUUCUUGAGUUCGAUUGAAGAUACAAAUCCCAUGCGCAGUAUCUGUGGAAAGUGUCAUGUUAUGAUCUACAAAGAUUACACCUCCAGUCGUCCUACAGAGUAUGAAGAGGCUGAUGUGUUUGUCUGUGAAUCACAAUACAAGGAAGCUGAGAGACAAAUUCGUAAACUCAAGAGCAUCAAGCGCUACUCUGUCUCUAAUAAAGUGGUUGAUGAUGAAAUCUACUUCUUUAAGAAAUGCAUCACACCUCUAAAGGAAGCAUCCCCACUCCUGCAGCAAGCAUCAGAAGGUACUGAUAUGAGUCGGACUGAUGGAGUGCAGACUGCAACUCUAGAUGAAGAUGAUGAUAAGACGGUCAUAUUGACUGCUGAUGAAGAGACACAGGAUAGUACUUCCACAGCGACACCUAUAGGCACAUCAAAGGUUAAUAACUGCAGCCCAAGCAGAUCAACAAGUAGCCAGAAACUGAUCCAGCCGCCCAAACCUCGCCAUGCCAGUGGAUUUAUUUUGUUUGCUAGUGAACAGAGAGCUGAUGUUAAGAAGAGCAAUCCUAAAAUGUCAUUUGGAGAGAUCAGUAGACUAAUAGGAAGUGAUUGGCGUCAGCUUCCAACUACAGAUAAAAGUCAGUAUGAGGUACGUGCUGCAGCCAUUGCUGAGACCAAAGCCCUAGAGAAGGCAACCAGAGAGGCACUUAACCCCCAACCAGCUAGUCAGCCAGUAACUAAGGCCCCUGCAGCAGGAACUAUACCAGUCUUUGAAUGUGGCUGGGAUGGUUGUGAUUAUCAAUAUGAUGACUUGGAGGAUCUUAUCAAUCAUGUUGUAGAGGUAUCAGAUCACCUCAAGGCAGUAGGUGAUCCAGCUGAACCCACAUAUCCAUGCUAUUGGAAAAGUUGUGUCCGGUAUCGCAAAAAUCAACCAUUUCCAGCGUUGUCUCGCCUGAUACGACAUUGUAAAGAGGUGCAUAUGAAGUCAGCAACAGGCAAAUACAUCUAUCCACAGAACCUGAGCAGGAAUUACUUUUCCCGCUUUGCUGUCCAUGGGAAUGGGGAUGGAAGUGGCAACACACCAGGUGGGCGUGCUAUCAUGGGUAUUGUUGGUCCUCCCACUCCAGUUGGGAUGGCUACACAACAGCUUACACAUUCAUCUCACGCAGGCAUGCAAGGCAUGGCUAUGCAGCCGAUGCUCGAUAUGCACGCCUUCCCGUAUUCCAACAGUCACAUGAUAGGGGGUCAUCCUAAUGGCAUGCAAGGGAUGAUCCCCAUGGCCCAACCAGCUGGUAUGCAGCAUGGCAUGCAAAUGCACAUGCAGCAGCAGCAGCAGCAGCAGCAACAACAGCAGCUGCAGCAGCAGCAACAACAGCAGCUGCAGCAGCAGUCUGGUUUGGGUUAUCAUCCCCAACAGCAUGUGAUGCAUGUACAGCAACAAGGUGUGAUGGGUCAGGGACAAAUGAUGUCACCUAUGAGUCAACAGAUGAUUGCUCCUAGCUCUCAUGGUGCCCCCAGUCCUGCCUUAAACCAAGGCAAUACUUACAGUCAAGGGUCCUCAAUGCAUCAGUCAAUGGUACCUCCUCAGCCACUGUUUGUACCUCCACCACCAAAGACCCAACGUCUGCUCCACUCAGAGGCUUAUGUCAGAUACAUUGAGGGUCUAAGCAGUAACACUCUGAAUGUUAGUGAUUGGCAACGUAAUCUGACUGUACGUCCUGAAGAUGUUACCAUUACUCCAGAACAACGAGCUCGGUUACCCUUUAGAUGGCUGGCCAACAAACCAAGUAGAGAGAGUGAAACGGUUAAAGCACUAUGGAAACUACGCGAUCUUAUGUUACAUGAUUCACUCAGAAUAGCCAAGGUUCAUGACAUAGACAUCAAAGAAGAAGACAAGCCGGAGGUCAUUGUUAUAGAGACUUAGAGUUUAAACAGGAAGCCAACAAGUUUCCAGAUAUUACUUCUGCCUUUACAUAAAUGAAUAGUUAGGAUAGUAUUUGUUUUGACCUGCUUUAUAUAGCGCUGUUGGCCAAGGUUCAUGAUAUGGUUCGAUUAUAAACAUACAUGUAGUUGUCUCAAACAGUCAUUUCAAACUGGCACACCAUAUCAUUGAUGUUUUAUUGUUUCAUUGCUUUUUAGAAGAGCCUACUGUUUAAAGCAAUGCAUUUUAAAAUGUGGAUAACUUGAAGCUGAAUGAGUCUGAAAUAAGUCAAAUUUUGCAAUGCUGAAAAGCAAUACUCCAUAACUUAUUACUUUAUCAAUAUGAAGAGUAAAUUUGCCGAAGACUGCUAAAAAGGUCUUACACAUUAAUGCUUCAAAUUCAUGCUGGAACCUUGGUUUUGAGUUUCAUUUUGUCGACAUUUAGAUUUGAUGAAAAACAAGGAUUCUCUAGGUAUUCAUAUCAGGUCCUGUUGGGAUGAUGGAGAGAGGUAUUUGGGCACAUUUUAGACAUAGUCUGAGUACCAUAGAGACACAGAAUCAUCUUCAGCCGAUGAAGUGACAGCUUUAUUUCAUAUAUUAAUGUUUGGUAGUUAAUUCCUUUAUUAUUUAAGAUGUUGAAUACUUUGAUCUGCCGAUCUUUGCACUGAUUGUAAAUGAAACAUUGAGUUACGGUAUCUCCGUUUUUGGAUCGUCAUAAUUUGAUGGGUGUUUUGUCAAGUUAUACAAAUAAUAACUCUACUGAAUUUCCCACAAAUAUUGAUGUUAGGAUGUCUAAAGAAGAAGUAUGUUUGUAGAAGUAUGUCAAAAAUAAUUUUUACUGUUAUUCUUAUUAUCAUUUCCAUUUUACUUCCAUGUUUUAGAUAGUAAGAUUUUGUUAAUUUAAAUUUUUAAACAAUUAUGGUACAGCAAUUAGUAGACAUCUAAUUAUAAAAUGUUCAAGAAUGUAAAACUUCAUUUAUUAAGAACUGACCCCCAGUUUUCCCAGGUUGUAAGUACACAAAGUCCUAAUGUUUUAAUACAAAUAAUAACAACCUAGAAAAAACAAACAGCAUUUCAGAUUAAUAGCUGAAACCACUUUUACAUGAGUGCCAAAAUUCACGACUACAAGCUCUGUGGCACUGUACUCAACACAAAAUGAGGAAAAUAAUAAAAUCCUCAAAGAUAACAUUAACUUAUGAAAUGCAUUUUUAAAAUUAAGUAUUCAUAUGUUUAAAGACAAGAAAUUCAUGAUAACCACGAUAAAAAUAAACCAGUAAAACCAGUAUACCGUCGAGCAUAAUUGGAACGAAACGAUAAUUUGUCCUGUCAAAGAAUCUAAUUACAACCAAACACCAUAUUAAAGCCAUUUUGAAAUAUGACAUGUAUUGGUUUGACAUAUUAUAAUUGCACUGAUUGGUUUGAGUAAAUCAGUCAGUACACAUCCUAACCAAACACUGUUUGCCAUAUCUCACAAAGACUAAUUGAUAUUAACAGCAAGAUUAGUUUAAAGUUAAUGAUUCGAAGAGAUCUGAUAUAAGUUGGCCAGGUCGUUAGUUCACAGAAGUUGUAUCAACACUUUUACUGAAAUGUUGUGUUACCAUAUCCAACAGUUCUGGAACAAGAUGCAUAAAGUGGAAUGAUAUUCUCUCAUGCAGUGAUCUUACUGGCUUGUAUGUAACCCAGUGCUAGAUCAUGCAAGCCCUUUAAUAUAAAGUAUCCUGAUUGUGAACAUAGCUACUAGUAUGGCUAUUGCAGUGAUCUAGUCUGGAUGUUACAAGAUAAUACCAGAAGCUCGAUGGCAACUACAUUCCAGCAAGUCCCCUUGCUAGUACAUUCCUUACAAAUCUAAUUCUUGAACUCAUUAUGUAAAGAUACCAGGGUCUCACUGCACUAGCUUUCUGUUAGGAGACUUCUGCCGUUUAAUCCUUAUUGUAUAAUUCUAAUACUGUAUAUUAUUAUUGUCGAUGCAAACUGAGUGGAAAUAAACUGAACUAAACUUAA